AUGGAGUCCCCCCUUCAACACCUGCGGACGCCAGUUUGGGCCACAGUCACGGCGGUGCCUUCGCCCGCGGUCUGCACCGCGAGGGAUGAAACUGCGCCGCCUAGCGGUCCCACUGUUCCCGCUGCUGUCGCGUCCAUGACCUCCGUGGCCUCGCCGCUGCCGCGGGGGCCCCCCAGGGGGGAGAGACAAGCGACUGCGGCCGAGGGCUUCAGAGUCCACUUUGGGCGCCGAGACGCUGCAGGGCGUCGCGGCCAGCACACGCCAGGCGCCGCUCAUGAAGAAGCCGCCACCUAUCCCCGGGGGGAGUACGGACGGGCGCGCCAGCCCUCCUCACGGUCUCGUCCCGCCUCCGCAUUCGGCGACGCAGGGGCGAGCGCCAGUCUCCGCACCACUGCCGGUCUCCGCUCAAAUUCCUGCACGUCGCGGACGCCGCCGUCCGCGACGCUUCCUCAGGGCUUCAGCUUUGCUCAGAGCCCGGCGCCCCCGGCAGGGGGGAACUCGCGGCGCUGCGAGGCUUGUUUAUCUCCAAGCCCAUCACCCGUGCGAUCCCAGUCUCUGCACCGAGGAGGCGGCGCAGUGCCGGUAGACCUCGCCGGGAACCGCCUCCCCUCCGCGUCCCGCGGGCCUCUCUCUGUCCCGCAGCCCACCGUUCUUCCCUCGCAGUCUCAGGCUUCGCCGGCCGCCGCGUUCGGCUCUCAGGUUGUUCCGCUCCACAACGACUUCACCUGCGGCGUGGAGCGCACCAUGCUGCCUCACUUGGCCAUUCCGGGCCUCGACGCAUGCUGCACGCCAGCGUUCGUCCGCCGCGAGAAGGCGAAAGCCAGCCGCCGAGAGACCUCUCCGGCGAAAGGCACCCGCGCCGCCCACGCCGGCCGCCCUGUCCACGCCCCCGCGCUUGCCGUUUGCAGCCGUGGGACGGAGCCGCGGAUGAGCGCGUACGCGUCGCCUCAGAAGUGGGACGCUGCUCAGGAGGAGCUCGCGCAGGGGCGGGGCGGAGGACAGGCGUCGGCGAGGCAUGCAAGCGUCCCGCGCAGCGUGACCACGGCGGGCCGCGGGACGAGUCUGUCGUCAAGUGCGACGGAGCCGCAGACGCAGGCGCAGCUGAUUCUGCAGACCCCGUCGUCCCCCGCGACGCCAGCCGCGAGUGGGCACACACCCGAAGAGGACGCACUCCGCGCCCUGCAGCUGCAGCAGCAGCGCGAUCUCUCUCAGGCUCUGAUGGAGGGGCCGAAUGCGCGGCGCGCCGCGGCGUCUCCCGACCUGGCGUGGGUCGACGGCCGACUUCCGCAGCAGCAGGCGCCCAGGGAGGAAGCGUUUGCCCUGCCGCCGCCAGCUGCCUUUUCGCCUGCGUUCGCGUCGCGGCCGCCAGCGAGCCCGCGGGCCGCUGAGUCGGGUCUGCACGAUCACCGCGCCACUGAAAAGAAAGAAGCUGCGACGUCUCCCGUCCAGUCCCCCGAGACGUCGCCGCUCGUCCGCCAGCAGAUUUUAUUUUUCCAGCGCCAAGCUGAGAUGUUCAGACUAAAAUACGAAGACGCAGAGAGGCGGUGUGCAGAGGCCGCCGCGGAGGUAGCCGCCAGAGACCACAGGAUCCACCUUCUUCAAGCGCCGGUCGCCUCUCUCGCCGACCAGCUCGCCACCGCGCAGCAGCGGGCCGCGAGCUCGCUCGAGCGCGACGGCCAGGCGCGCGACGCCGAUGACGAGCGCACCCCCGAAGCGGAAGAGAGCACCGUUCUCGUCUCCAAGGCCUUCCACGAGGCUCAGUUGGCGCUGGCGCGCCAGGAGACGAAAAAGCUCCACGAGAAGAUCGCCGCUCUGCAGAAGGACCUCCAGCAUGUGGCGGCCGCGCCGCUGGAAGCGCCUUCUUCGGUGUCUCCUCUGCAGGCCCCGCCGACCGAGCAGUGCGACGAUCGCGCAGCUGGCGUGCAGGUUGACCAGGCGGUGCGCGCGAGUCUGUUGCAGCUCGAGAACAACGAGAGAAAGAAGGAGAAUGCGGAGUUGGCUGCACGGAACCGCGAGCUGGAGGAGAGGCUGCAGACUGCGAACGUCGCCAACGCGGCUCUCACGGAAGAGCUCCUUCAAACGCGUCUUCGGGUUCCGCAACUCCACAGUGCCUCCACGCCUUCCUUGUCUUCCAGUGUCGCCACACCGCCGACGACGCGCGGUGAGGCGGAAGCAACGCUUACGCGGCGUCGGCAGCGGGCGUCAACUGUGUGUCUCCCAGCGGACGAGCGCGCGGCUGGGGACUUUGCGUCCUCGCUUCACUCCUCCGCUUCCUCCUCGCGGCGCGCGACGUCGCUCACUGCGCGGGCGGCGGCGGAAAGCCGGCGCCUCCACGGUGGCGAGAGUUGCGGAGGCGGCCAAGAGUCCCUCUUCCUAUCCAGCGCAGAUCUCGCUGGCGACGAGGAGGACGGAGGCCGGCGGGCGCUGGCGCUCCGGCGCGAACUCGCCCUCCGCAAGCGGCUGAAUGCGCAGAGAAAGCGGCGCUGCGCAGAACUAGAGCAACAAGUCAACCUUCUGGCGUCGUCGCUGGACGCGGCGCUGGAGCAGGCGAGGAGGGCGGAGGACGCGGGGGAGAGCUUGAGCAAGCAGCUGAAGGCCCGCGAGCAGGAGUCGCAGGCGUCUCUCUCGCGCGGCGCCGAGGCGGAGAAGAUGCUUCUGGCGGCGGAGGCGCGACUCGAGGCCAGCGAGAGGCUUGUGGCGACGCUCCGCGAGCAGCGGAGAGACUACAAAACGCUGCAUGCGCAUCACACAGCGUGCCUCGAAGAGAAUCGCCUUCUGCGUGCGGAAAUUGAGCGCCUCGAGAACGAGCGCAUCCAGCUGCUUGCCGAGAGCGAGAAGAAGCGCACCGCCUUCCUCUCGCUCCUCGCUGACAAAGAGCGGAGCGACAGACAGGCUCAAGAGGCCCUCGACCGACUGUCGCGCAUGCAGCAGCAACAGGAGAAGGGCAUGCGCGAACUGGAGACGCACGCACUCGACGUAGAGAAGCGCCUCGAGGAGAAGGACGAAGAGGUUCGGUCUCUGCACGCCAAGCUGGAGGCCGCAGUCGUGCGCGCGCAGGCGGCUGAGCGGGAGUGCGUGCACCUGCGAAAUUCAUUUUCUCAGCCGCGCGGCGAGGCGGGCACGUGGCGUCGGCGCGACGACGCCGGCUCCACGGUCGCUGGAACGGAGGAGCAGAGCCAGGCGGCGUCUGCAGAGCAGCGCCUCGAGCUCGUCCUUCUGCUGGCGGAGGCCGCUCAGGAGGCCCUCCGCGCGUCGCGGGAGCGCGAAUCCCGCCUCGACGCGGAGGUGACGGCCGUUGGUCGGCAGGUCGAUCGCGCACUGGAGCGCAUGGAGAAGGCCGCGGAGGCCUCGGAGACCUCCCUCGCGCAGCACGAGGCGGCCGGCGCGCUGUAUGUGCAGCCCGCGUACCAGGCGGGAGAGAUGCUUUUCCGCACCAGCCACCAGCUCCUCGACUUGAUGCAGAACCGCGCGAACUGGGCGGACCUUGCCAGAAACCUGGAGCUGAGGGAACUCGAACUCGAAGCCAGACUCCUCGCCGCGCACCAACAAAACGACGGCCUACACGACCAGGCGAUUCAACUCGAGGCGCGCCUGCAGAAGAGCGAGCGACGCGCACUGCGCUUUGCUGCGCAGUUCGUGGCUCUGUUGGAGCGACAAGAUGAGGAAGUGCCGCGGGGAGCGGCUGAGAAGGGAGAAGCGGCAGACAAGCCGAGCGACGUCGCCGAGCAGAGUGAGGGCGAACAAGCCUCUUGGCGACUGCGGAGCGCCGCGUUGGAGAGGCGGCUCGAGGAGGAGCGGGUGGCGUUUGCGCAGCGGCUGGCGCAGGAGACCGCGCGCGCCACGGCGCAGCGCAACGAGGCCUCUCGUCUGGAACAGCGAAUUCAAGAUCUUUUGCAGGCCGGUGACUCCCUCGCGGCUGAGCACGCGCGGACUGAGCAAGCGAACGCGGCGCUUGCCGAGGAGGUGGCGAUGCUCCGGGGAGCCCUGGAGGACGUGGCGCCGCGCCAGCGCGCGGCGGAGCAGGAAACCGCGCGUCUGCGCGGAGAGCUCGAGCGGGCGAGCUGCCCCUCAGGCGCAGCGGCGGUCGCCGCGGCUUCGGCGCAUCAGCCAGCGCCGUCGCCGACCCCAACUCCUCCUGGGGUCGGCGCUCCGCGGAGGACAGAAGACGCCAGCGAGCACGUUCUCGCCCAGCUGGGCGAAGUGACGAAGGAGCGCGACAGUCUGCGAGGCCUCUGCAUCCAGCUGGCGCAGCAUCUGCGCCGGAUGACGGAGGGCAUCGCGCGCGAGCGCCAGGAGUGGCUCGCGAGGCGCGAGGCCGAGGAGGCGGGCAAGGCGCUGCUGCGCGGUGACUCCGCGGCGGGGGCGCAGCAGAGAGGCGGAGGUGAAGAAGACGCGCGCGCGCGCGAAGAGCUCAAGAAGGAGAUCGCGGACUUCGAGGCGCGGUGGCGCAAGGCCGUCGCAGGCUGCGAGGCGCUCACGCAACAGAAAGCCGAGCUGGAGACGCGCCUCCAAGACCUUGCCGAAAACUGCGCAGCUGCCGAGGCCACUUGUCGCGACUGGGAGAAGAGGUGGCGCCAGGCGGAGCGGGCACGGCGGGCGCUCGCUGCAGAAGCCGCGACGCCGGCGGAGACGCGCCGGUCGCCGCAGGGCGCGACGACAUCGCCUCGGCAGGCUGCGGAGAGCGAGGAUGACUGGUCGCCUUUCUUGAAGCACGCGGAGGCCUCGCUGUCCUCUCUCGCGUCGUCCUUCUCACAGCUCGGUGGUGUGGAGGAGAAGAGGCGCAGCCGCGCUCGCCGGCGCAGAGGCUCGGUGCGGGAGACGGCAGAGGAGCGCCACGAAGGCCUGCAGCGCGAGCUGGAGACUGCCAUGCGGCAGAAGGGCGACGCGGAGAAUAUGUGCAGAGAACUGGGCGGCCAGAUUCGCGUGCUGACGAACUUCCUCCAGGUCGCGGCGACGGAGAAGCGCGAGCUGCGCGGCGCGCUCGAGGCGACCCAGGCAGAGCUCGCCCGUGCCAGCGAAGCCGCGGACGCCGCGGCGAGUGCGCGGCGAGGCGCCGAGGAGAAGUUGAAGGACGCGGAGGCGCAACUCAGGGCCCUGGAGGGCGAGCACCAGCACGCGGAAGAGAGAGCGAAAGCAACCGAGGCGAGCCUCGCGGAGGCCGCCCGCGCGCUGCGCUUCGAAAAGGAGCAAACGGCGCUGCUUGAGCAGAGACUCGCCAGCGACGCGCGAGACCGCGCCGACAGGCAGACGCGUCUCCGAGAGGAGGCGCGGACGCGCGGCGAGAGUGCUGGGGAGGAGACGAGGCGCGACGCGGAGGCGCGGGCGCGGAUCUCCGCGAACUUCGUCCGCACGCAGGACGAGCUGCAGGCUGCGCGCCAGAAGCUCCACCAUCUGGAGGCCGCCGUUGCCGCCCUCGAGGCGGAGAAGCGACAGGCGUCCGCGCGUGUCGCGGCGGCUGCGAGAGCUCGCAAGGAGGAGCAAGGCGCCGAGAGCCGCGCGCAGCGUGAGAAGGAGGAGUCGCUGUGCAUGGCGGAGGAGGAACUCGAGGGGCUCCGGCUGGAGCUGACCAAUGCGCAGACGCGCGUCCGCGCUCUCACCACGGAGGCGGAGGCCGCGAUGGCGAGGGAGGAAGAGCUGCGUCAAGAGCAGACGCAGCUGCGGAGGCGCGUCCGCGACCUCGAAGGUGCGGUUGAUUAUCACCAGCGAGAGCGCGAGCGCCUCUGCGAGGAGAUCAGCGACUGGGAGGAACGAGGCCAAGAGCACGCGAUGGCGAUGAAGGAGUUCGAGGGCAGCUACACCGCCGUGAACGUGAAUCUCGGCCGCGUGCAGCAGCAGCUGAGCGACCUGCGGUAUCAGAUCCAGGCGGAGAAGGCGCGGCGCGUGAGUGUCCUCAGGGAGAGAAGACGCGCGAGACUGGAGGCUGAGGAGAGCAAGAAGGCGGCGAGUGCUCGACGCGAGGGCACGGCCGCGCGCGAGCUGCAGCGAGAGAAUGGAGACGUCCCGGCGACAUUACGAGGAGACGAGGCAACGAGCGAAGGCCGCGACGGUGGAGCCGAUUCUUCGCAGCCAGACCGCGCCCUGACCACCGUCGCGCGCGCCGCCGCCGAGACGGAGGCCGAGGCUGAGGCUGAGGCGGCAGGCGGCGACGGCUUUGCCGAGGGAGAGUAUCUGCCUGAGGAGGACAACGAGAUCCUCGUCGCGCGCGUGGAGGAGUUGGAAGAGUUGCAGGCGGCCUUGGUGAAGGAGCGCGAGUUGCUCAAGUCGCAUCUGCAGGCCACGACGGAGAAACUGGAGGAGCAGUGUAGAUACACUUCGGAGUUGCGGCUCAGGUGCGGAGAACUCGCGGACGCGCUGGAGCAAGCGCGCGACGGCAAGCCGCUGCCGCCGGAGACCGACACGCGCCGCGCGCGGUCUUUCCCCUCCGCCUCCUCAGAUGUCGUACGUCCGAACAUCAACGAGGGCUGGGAAGAGUGCACCGAAGUGCUGCAAAGCCGGCUAGAAGACCUCCACGGUCUGCCGCUGCGGGAGCGCGCGCAGCGCGCGAGUCUCGGCGAGGAGGAGAGUCGAGCUCUGAGGGCGCAGCUGGCGGAGCUGCAGGCGGCGCUGGAAGCUGAGCGAGCCGAGCGUGCGACGCUGGUCGCCGCGCAGGAAGCCGCACGGAAGACGGAGACCGACGCGUUCGCUGAGAAGCUGGCGCAGGCGCGCAAGGAGAUCGAGGCGAAGGCUGAAGUGCACAUCUCUGAGAUCCAGGAUUUCUACGAGAAGCUUCAAAUGAGCAUGGAGACGUCACACUGCAAAGCGGAGAACAACUUGAUUGCGCAGAACGAAGCGUUGCGAAACGAACUCCGCGCGCUGCAGGCCGCGGACGCGCAGGCGCCCACUGCGCUAGCCGCGGCGCAGAGCCGCGUGGAGGAUCUCACGAGGCAGCUCGAGAUUGCACAGGUCGACCUGGAGCGCGCACGCGAAGCGAUCGCGCAGCUGGCUGGCGAGCGCGAAGCGGCGGCGAAGCAGGAAGCGACGCACUCGGAGGAGCUCGCCAAGGCCCGCCAGGAGAUCGAGGCGACCGCGGACGCGCACAUUGCAGAGAUCCAGGACUACUACGACAAGCUGCAGCGGCACAUGACAGAUGCGCAUGCCAAGGCGGAGCGCGACUGGACUGCGAAGACCGCGGCGCUCGCGAAGCAGAAGACUGCCCUCGAGGCGCAACUCUCCGCGCUUCGCGACCAGCUGGCCGCGACGCAGGGCGCAGGAGACGUCGCGGGCGACGAGGAGACGCGCGCGGAGGAGACGGCAGCGGAAGAGAGGGAGAGGGAGAGAGAAGCGGCGGAGUUCCACGAGGCGCAGCAGGCGUCGGCGCGUGUCGAGUCUCCGUCACCGGCUUCUCCGCGCUUCUCGAUGUCUUCCUCCUUCUCAUCUGUGCAGGAGUUCGCCUCAGAGGGCUGCCCGCUCGAGGCGAUUGCAGAGGAACCAGCGAGUGUGGCUUUGCGCGCGGAGCUGACGGAGCUCGGGGCGCAGUGCGAUGCGCUGCGCGCGCGCGUGGCCGACCUCGAGGCCGCGCUCAGCGAGCAGAGAGAACGACUCAGCCAGCGCGACGCGGAAAACGGAGACUUGGCGGAGCAGCUCAAACAAACCGUCGCGCACGUCAAAGAUCAAGCCGACAGACUAGCGAGAACCGCCCAGCAGUGCAGCCUCAAGGACAAUGAAAUCGCCGAGAUGCACCGCAGAGAAACCGAGUUCCGACGCCAGCUGGACGAACUCCACGCGAAACAGGACGACUUGAACUCGCGACUCGUGCAGCAGAAUCAGGAGGCGCAUGAGGCGCUUCUCGCGAAGAACGCAGCCGAGCAGCGGCUCCUGCUCCACGCGGACAGCCUUGCCAGCGAGGAGCGACGCCGCAAGUCGGCCGAGGCGCACGGGGAGGAGCUCCUGGAGCGCCUGCAGGCUGCGCAGAAGAAGCUGCUCGAGUGCGAGAAGGAGAAGGCGCACAUCUCCCUUUCCGAAGGUCGCCGCUGCGAGGAACUGGAGCGCCUCUGCGCGGAGCGCGAGCGAGAGAGCGCGCGAGAGCGGGAGGAGGCGCAGGCGCGCGAGGCGCUGCAGCGGAAGAGGCUGGAGGCGCUCGAGAGCGAGAGGCGAGAAGAGGCGAGCCGAGCGGCGGAGCUCCGCCAGCGCCUCGAGGAGAAGGCGACGCAGGCGCGGCACCACGAGGAGCAGCGCGCGGCGCUCGCGCGCGAGCUCGAGGAGCACCGCGAAAGGCUCGCUGCGCAGGCGCGCGCGCUGGAAGCGCAGCGGGAAGCCCGGGAGAGGGCGCAGAAGGAGUUUGAGGCGACCCUCGAGGCGCAGGAAGCGCGCCAUCGGCAGUUUGUUCAGGAGCGCCUGGAGGAAGAGCGCGCGCGCGCGGCGGAGGACGUGCAGCUGCUGCAGAGGCUUCUCGACGAGAAGCGCGUGGAGCAGAGGCAAGCCGAGGCGCACUUCCGGCGGCAACUCGAGACGCAGAUGCAAGCGGCCAAGCAGCUCGACGCCUCGCUGCAAGAGUGCGAAGACGAGGAGGAAGAGAGAGAGGAGCGGCACCGCGCCACUGCGCGGCAGCUGCAGGCGCUGCAUGAGCAGUACAGCGCGACGCUGGCGGAGCUAACGGCGGCGGUCAGCGAGCGCGAGCACCUGCGCGAGAAGAUCGAGGGACUGGAAAACGAAGUUGCGGAGAUUCGCCGUGGCGCCAGGGAGAUCCAGGCCGCCCACUGGGAACAGGCAGACCGCGAAAGGCGCGAGCUGGAGGACGCAGAAACACGCCGCGCGGCUCUCGAGGAGGAGCUCGAGCGCGUGACCGCCGAGCGCGAGCGCGAGGCGCGCGCUGCCGAGGAGUGGCGCACGCGACUCGAGGCUGAGAGCGAGAAGACGCGCGAAGACCUCCUCGCCAGCCUGCAGCGGCAGAUCGACGCCGUGAGGGCGCAGGAGGAGGAAGCGCGCGCGCGAGAGAGAAAGGAGUGGGAGGCGAGCUGGCGUGAGCAGCAGACGCAAGCUGAGGAGAGAGAGCGCCAGGUCAGAACCUGCGAGAAGCGCAUCGAGGAGCUCGACGCGGAGAUGAAGCUCCGCGAGGAGGCCGCCGAGAAGAAGGCGGAGGAGCGCGAGAAGGAGAGAGAGAGACGGUGCCGCGAGUACGAAAGCGAGAUCCACGAUCUGCACCUCCGCCUCCACCAGAGGCGCAUCGAGGAAGAAGAGAAGCUCCAAGAGAUACGCGAGAAGCAGCGAGACCUGGAGAGCCAACUCUUCUCGAUGGAGCAGACGCUGCAAGUUGAGCAGCGCCGCCUCGCCGAAGCGAAAACCGCGACGGAGGCGGCGGACGCAGCGCGGCUCCAGAGCGAGAGGCUGCUGGAGGAGGCGCGCGAGACGGCGAAGGCCGCGGAGGCCAAGCAGAAGGAGCUGGCUGAGCAGGUGAAGAAGUUGGAGAGGGAGAGCGAAGAGAAGACGCAGCGUUUGCAAGAACAGCAGAUCGAGUUCUCGCGGGAGAUGGCGCUCGCCGCGGAGCAGAAGGCGAGCGAGAAGGCGCGCGAAGACACGGCGCACCUGCUGCGCGACGAGCUGGAGCGAACGCGAGAAGAGCUGCUGGAGGAGAAGCUCGAAGUGAGCAAACUCCGGAAGGAACUCGUGGAGACGACAGCCGCCCGCGCGGACGCAGCAGAGCGCCAGGGCCUCGCGGAAAAGGCGCGGGACGAGAUCAGCCUGCAGGUCGCUCGCCUGUGCGCGGAAGUCGAGGAGCUGCAGCACACUCUGCAGGAUCUCCAGACGCAGCUGGCGGACGCACAGAGCCGCCUUAGCAGCGAGCAGACGCGCGCGGACGCAGCGGAGGCGAAGCAGCUGGAGCUGGAGGCCUGUCUCCGCGACGCGGAGGCGAAGGCGCGCGACGCGCAGGCGGCCGAGGCGGAGGAGAGGCGCAAAGAAAGAGAAAAGGUCGAAGCGGCGCGCGCAGAGAUGCUCGAGGAGCUGCGCCGGCGCGAACAAGAGCGAGACAGCAUGUUGGACGAAAUCAACGAGCGGGAGGAAGACCGGCGCCAGAUGGCUGAGGAGCUGCAGCAGAGGGCGGAGGAGAUUGCGAGGCUCCACGAGGCCUGCCGGCGGCAGGAGGAAGCGACCCGGAGUGAGAUGGAGGCGACCCUGUCGGAGCAGGACACGCUUCGCGGCGAGCUGCGCACGCUGGCAAAGCACCUCGACGAGGCCGAGGCGCAGAAGCGGCAUCUGAACCUCGAGGCGGAUGAGCUGCAUUGCGUCGCGGAGACGCUGCGCCAGGAGAAGGCGCGCGCAGAGGCCGACUUCGCGCAGCUGCAGGCGCAGUGCCGCGCUGAGGAGUCUUCUCACGCCUCGCAGCGCGAGUUCUGGGAGAAGCUGGUAGAAGACUCGCAGCGGAGGCAACGCGAGCUCCAGGAGCUCCUCUUGGCGCGCGAUGCCGCGCGGCAGAGCGCAGAGAGCGAGUGGCGCAGCAAGCUGGACAGCGCGCAGGUUGCGUUUGCGUCGCUCGAGGAGAAACUGCGGAGUCGGGAGGCAGUCAUCGCCAGCCUGCAGACGCAGCUCGCGGAGACGCGAGAGUCGAUGAGUCGCAGCUGCAGCAUGGCGACGGCCGAGUUCCAAGCGAAGGAGAGUCGCUACGAGGCGAAGAUCGCGCAGCUGCAGGAGGAGAGUCAAAGCAUCAAGCGCGCGGUAGAGUCCGCGCUCGCCGACUGCCGCCGACAGGCGGAAGAGCAUGAGCAAAUGCUGCGGGAGACGCUCGGUGAGACACAAAAUCACGCGCAGAGUCUCCAGAGGCAGCUCGAGCUCUCGCGCGCGGAGCUGACCGGCCGUGAGCGCGCCUGGGCGACAGCGGAGCAGCAAAGUCGCGAGGAGGCGAGUCGGCUGCGGAGUCGGUGCAGCGCGCUGGAGAUGGAGCUGCGCAUGCAGGAAACGCGCCUCAAGGGCCUCGAGCAGGACAACAAGGCGCUGCAGAGCCGCGAGGAGACCACGCGGCAAAGCCUCCAGGAAGCGCUGCAGCGCGAAACGGAGAUGCAGCGGCGCUUCCAGCAGACGUGGAACGAAGCACACCUGUCGACCGAAGAGCUGCUUCUGCAGCUUCAGCGCGAUGAGCAGAAGAAUCGCCUCGAACUCCGCCUAGCCGAGCAGCGCCUCCAGGAACUGCAGCAGAUGCGCGAGCGCGAGGUCACUGACUGGGCGCGCGAACGCACGCGGCUGCAGGCCGAGAGCGAGAAGCGCCAGCGUGACGCGACCGACUUGGCGAAGCAGCUCGCCGAGGCGCAGCUCGCAGAGGCGCUCGCUAAGGAGGAAGUCUGCCGCGCGCAGGACGAAAUCGCCGUCCUCAGAGUGAAGGAGGAAACGCUGCAGCGGCAGUUCCUCAUGGCGGCGUCCAGCAGCAACGCGGCGGCGAGCGGCGCUGUCCUGCUCGGGGUCUCCGCGGCGCACGCGCGCGCCGCCGCCCCCCGCGACGCCGGUGCAAGCGACGAGCCUCACGCGGAGGGCGCGGAGGCCUUCGCGUCCGUUCGCGCCCUUGCAGAGCGCCGCUGUCGCGCCCUCGAGGCUGCGCUGAAAACGGCGUCGGACUCGCGCGACAGGAACGCGCAGCACUGCGCCAGUCUGCGACGAGAGCUCGCAGAGACUUCGCGCGAGCUGCAGCGAGAGCGCGAGGAGAGCGAACGCAAGGCGAGCGAGCUGGAGCGAGCCAAGGCGCGCAUCGAGAAGCUCCUCGCGAUGCAAGAGGAGACGCGGGCGCAGGCCUCCGAGCUGCACCGCCGCUGUCGGGAGUACCGAGAGAAAGUCGAGGAAAUGAUGACGGAGAAGCAACGCGAAGAGGAGGACGAGGGCGACGACGCCCAGAGACACAUGGGAGGAAGCAGAGGCCGCGGCGGCGUGGUCCUUAGACUCGAUGGGGACGACGACGCUGCAGCAGCAGGCCGCGAGUGCGGCGCAACUUCUCGACGUGAAAACGAGAGAGCGCGCGCUCGCGCGGAGAAUGCGGGAGACGCGACUCUGAGCGACUCGCGAGGCUCGGCGCUGGCGCGACAAGCUCUCGCCUUCCAGCGGCAGACCGAGAUGCUUCAGACCGUCAUUGAAGAGCUCGGACAGAAGCUCGCGACUCAGCAGGAGCAGGGGCGGCUCCUCCUCCUCACGCACGGCCAUCGCGAGCAAGACAGAGAGAAGGAGGAAGUGGAGCGCCAGCGGCAAAGUUUAAUGCAGCUCCUGGAGCAGAAGUGCGAAGAAGGCGAAAUCGAGCGCGCGGCCCUGAAGGCGGAGCUUCAGCGCGCGGAAUUUGCGUACCUCGACGUUCAGGCGCAGAAGGACGAGGCAGAGAAAGAGGCGCGCCGCCUGGAAAUCGUCUCGCAGAAUCUGCAGCUGCGCCUCGAAAGACUCGAGGCAGACCGCGAAGGGCUGCAAGCCUCAGAUCGGCAACGCGAAGGCGAGGCAGAGCAGCGCGAGCAGCAGCUCCUCGAGGCGCUUCAGGAACGCGAGAUCCAACAACGAGUGCAAGAAAGCUACCUGGAGCGCAUCCGCAGCGUCGUAGAGGAGUUGAAGGCUGCGCUGAAGCAGACGCGCAGGGAGAAGGACGCCAGCGAGCACCGCGUGACGCUGCUGCGCCAGCAGAUUGAGGAGUCGAGGGUCGCUCAGCGCGACCGGGAGAGCGCGCUUUCGCUCCUCGAGAGGGAGGCCGAGGAAACGCGCGAGCGCCUUGAGAAGCUCGACGUCGAGCUGCAGACCGAGCGGAGGAAGCGGCAGAAAGUCGAGCUGCAGAAAGACGACAUGGAGAAGACCUUCGGCCUCGAUCGCGCCGCUCUCGAGGAGGAGUGUCACGCGCUCCAGGGCUCCCUGGAAAGUCUGCGCGAGCGGCUGCAGGCGCAUGAAGAGACCAAGCGCCUCUUGGAGACCGAGGCGCGCAAGUGGGCGAGGCAGUGUCAGGAGCUGCAGGCGGCGCUCGGCGCCGGGCGCGAGACGGCCGAGGCGCGCGAGAGAGAGCGCGGAGCGGAGAGGCGCAAAUGGCGCGCCGAGAUCGAGGACGAACGGCGCGCCGCCUUGCGCCUGGAACAGCGCGUCGCGGAGCUCGAGAAGGAGCGCCAGAGGGAGCAGGAGGAACGAGAGAGAGAGCGGAGUCGAACCCGCGAGGAAGACGAGCGGCUGAAGGCGCGCAUGGCGGAGAGCCGGUCUGCGUGGGAGGAGCGGUGCGCGGAGCUCAGCGGCGACCUCACUGAAGUUCGCAAGCAGUGGCGAGACACGCAAGUCCGCCUCGAGAAAGCCCUGCGAGCCGAGGAAGACGAAUCGCGGAAGCGACAACAGGCCGAGCGGGAACGCGACGAAGAAAUGCGGAGAGCAGAAGUAGCGCUGGCUGCUCUCGAGGCGCUUCAGAGCGCACGCGAAGAGGCCGACGCAGCGCGACCGGCGGAAGGCGCUUCGCGAAAGGCAGAGAGACAGAGCGGCGAGCCGGGCGAGGAGAGCGCCAACGUCGUUAUUCCGCCUCGUCGAGGAGAUCGCAGAGCUCACGAGCCCGACGGAGAGGACGAGCGAGCAGCGGCGCGGCUGGCGGCCUCGCUGUCGGCGAGUCGAGGCGUGGCAGCCCUGGAGGAGGAGAUCGCUGCUCUGCGGAAGUCUCUUGAAGCCGCCGCAGACACGCGCGACCUUCUCGACGACGAGUGCGCCCGCCUCCGCCGCGAGGCCGCCGUGGCGAACGGCGAGCUGGACGCGGCGCGGACGCGCGGCCUGCGCGUCGAGGAGGAGAUGCGUGCACUCAGCGAAGACCUGAAGGACUGCCGCCGCGCGCUUCGCGACGCGGAGAACGAGCGAGCGAUCCACGCCGAGGCGGUCGCUCAGCUGGAGCGCGGCCUCGAACGAGCUCAGCGCGAGCGCGAAGAGCGCCUAGACCGCCUCGUCGCUCUCGAGAACGAAGUGCGCCGCCUCCACAGGGAGAAGGAGGAGAGCGCGCACAGGCUGCGCACCGCCGAGCAGGCGCGCGAGAGUCUGUCGAGGUCUCUGCAAGUCCUCCGCAGUCGAGAGCGCAGCGCCUCGGAGCGGGCGGAGGACGACGAGGUCGAGAAAGAGCGACGCGCGCGGGAGGCGUGGCGAGAAGAGAAGGCGCAGACGCUUGCGUACCUCCAGACACUCGACGCGCAGCUGCGCGAGACCGAGCUAGCCGUCGCAGACAUUCGAGAAGACAGAGACAGGGUCCAGCGCGCGCUUCUCGAGGCGCAGACGAAGCUCGCGGAUGCCUUGAAAGCGCAGAGGGACGCGCGAGAAGCGAGCGAGGCCCAAGCAGAAGAGACGCGGCAGCUGCAGGCCGCAGGCGUGGCUCUCUCGCGGCGCGAGGCGGCGGCGGCACGCCGCCUCGCGCCGUCGGUGCUGGUCUCUGUGGACGCGGAGCUCCGCGAGGCGCAGUGGAUCGCUGGGCAAGCGAGAGAGCGAGUGGAUGCGCUCGAGCGAGAGCUGACGGCCUCCUACAAGCAGCGUGACGCCGACAGUGCGCGCGUCGCGCUGCUGCGGACUCAGCUUGCGACGCAGCGUAAGGCUAUCGAGGACGCAGACGUGGAGCGCGAGCGGCUGGCGACGCGUCUGGAAGAGUGCGGGCGCGCGGAGGAGUUCGCCGCGGUGGCGCUCGAGGCCGAGAGGAAGCUGAAUGUGCAGCUGAAGGAGCAGCGCGUCCAGAUGGAGGCGGAGCUCGCUGAGACGGCCAGGCGCCGCAUGCAGUCCGAGAGCGACGCCCGCGAAGUCCACUCGCGCCUCAGAGAGACUGAGCAUCUGCUGCAUCAGGCGCGCAGCCAGCUGCAAGAGAGAGUCGAGCGCGAAGACGCGCUGCGCGAGGAGAUGGAGCGGAAGGAGCAAGAAGUCGCGGAGCUGAAGGCGGCGCAGGACGAGCCGCUCCAGCGCGUGGAGCGCCUCGAGCGCGAGCUGCAAGCGGCGGAGGCGCGGCUCUUGGAAGACAAGGAGGCCAGCAGGCGGACUGCGAAGGAACUGCGGAAGCGAGAUGCGCUCAUCAGGCAGCUCGAGGCCGAGAAGGAGGACAUCGGUCAGCGAGAAAGAGAUGCGAUUGCGCGCGAGGCAGAGAGCGCGAGAGAGCGAGCUCAGCGCGAGUUCCUCCAGGCGCUUGCAGAGCGCGAGCGGCGCAUCCACCGACUCGAAGACGAGCUGCGGACAGCGCUGCGGCAACUUGAGGAGAGCCACGCGCAAGCCGAGCGAGCGCGAGUCGCAGACGAAAGCGAGGAGAAGCAGAGACAAGAGGCCAGGCGGCUUCAGCGGGAGCUCGAGAAGCAGAAGGAACUCGCCCAGGCGCUGGAGAACGAGCGCCAGGGGCUCACACAGGAGAAGAAGGAGAACGCAGAACGCAUCGCCGUUUUCCAGGACGAAGUCAACCGCCUCAAGGAAGUCCUCAACGCCGAGCGCGGGCGGGCGCGUGCGCAACUGGAAAAAGAAAGGCAACGCGCGGCGGGUCGCGAGCGUCAAGAAGACGAGGCGCUGAGGAGGCACAGAGAAGAGGCUGAAGCCCUAAAGAGAGAAAAUCAAGCGCUGAAAAGCUCGCUCGAGACGCAGAGCGCACGGCUGCAAGAAGUCGAGAGGCGGACGCGCGACCGCGACGCCGAGAGCGAAGGCCUCGCGCGAGAACUCCGCGCACUCCAGGCCGAGGUGGCGCGGCUCAAGGCAGUCCACGACGAGGAGCUGGGCGCGUUGAACGCCGACCUCGAGAGUGUCCGCACGCGGCUAAGAGAGAGCGACGCCGCGCGAGAAGGCGCCGAGGCGUUGUCGACCGAUCUCCAAGCUCAGCUCGCCGCUGUUGAGGCUCGCUUCCGCGCGGCAGAGGCGAACCUGGAGAGGUACGAGCGCGGCGUGCAGAAGCUCAAACUUCGCGAAAAAGACGCGCGAGAUCGCGUGGCGCAGGCCCGCGCAGCGCUUGAGGGCUUGCUCGCCCUGCCUUCCGUGCUCGGCGCCUCGUCAGCCGCGCUGUCGCUCUCCCCACGCGCGAAAGACCGGCAGAACGAGGCGCUCGCGCGAGGCGACCUCGCUGCGCUGGCGGAGGAGCUGCGCGCGCAGCGGCGCGAAGAGGCCACGGCCCUGCGGGAACGCGAAGAGGAACGUCGCCGCGCGCAUCGCGACUUGACCAACCAACUGGAAGAGGAGCGCACGCAGGUUGAGCAGCUCCAGGAGCUUCUCAGGCACGUCAACGCCGCCCGCAAGGAGGCACUGGAGCAGGAGAAGGCCCAGACAAGAGAGCUGGAGAGGCUGCGGAGUGCGCUCGCGAAAGCGGAUGCCUCUGGAGAGGAGCGCCGCCGAGCGCAGCUUCGCUUGGAAGAUGGCCUCGAGCGAGAAAAGCGCAGACGACGCGAGCUCGCUGCCGAGCUCCGCCGCCAGCAGAGCGCCGCGGCGAUCCAACUGCAGGACCAAGAUGCCGCACGAAGGCGCGCUGACGAGCAAGAGGCCACGGAGCGGGCGCUGAAGGAGAGAGACGACGAGUGCGCGGCGCUCCAGGAGGCCCUCUUGCGCCUCCGCGGCGAGGCUGCAGAGUUGCGCGAGGAGAAGAACGCGCUGGAGCGGCGCAGCGGAGCUUUGAGCGCGAAGCUCGGCGACCUCGAAGACGAAAAAGCGAAGCUCGUGCGAGAGCUGUCGAGUGGAGCCAAAGAGAGACGCGAACUGGACAGAAAGACUUUGGCGACGGAGGCCCGCGUCUCAGAUCUCCAGGCCGAGCGUUUCCGCCUCCAGAGGCAGCUCGAAGAAGUCGUCGAGCAGCAUGCCCUGGCGCGCAGCCUCACGGGAAAUGCGGACGAAGAGAAGCGGAGACUGGAGGAGACUCUCAAGGAAACAGUGGAGCGAGCCGAGACUGCCGAGGGCGCCGCCCGCGACCUCGAACGCGCCCUGCGCGAGCUCCGCCGAGAGACGAAGCGGUUGGAAGAUGAAAUUGCUCUCAAGCAAAUGGCGGAGAGCCAACUGAAGCAGACUGUCGCGGCGCUGCAGGCGGAGGCUGUUGCGCGCGAGAGAGAGGUGGAGGCGACGGUUUUGACCGGCGUCGAGGAGCGGAGAGAGGCCAACGCCGCCGCGCGGGCGGCUGAAGAGCUCGCAGGCCUCCGCAGCCAGCUCGAGGAUCGAGAGCGCGAACUCUCGCGUCUCCGCGCGCGACUGCGAGAGCCGAGUGCGCGCAGUCAUCCCGAGAGCGACCGCGAAGACUGGGCGGCGAUGGAGGCGCAGCUGGUGCGCACGCAAGAGGAGAAGGCAAAGCUCGAGGAGGCGCGGCGGCUGCUGGAGCAAGAGGCACGCGCGAGAGACGAGCGCAGCGCCCACGAGAGAGAGCAGUUAAUUAAGGAGAACCUCGAGUUGAAUGAGCGGGUCGCCUACCUCCAGAAUCGCUCGCGAAUCCUAGAAGACGACCUCGCCGCGCUGCAGCGCGCCUCUGCGGCCCUGGAAGCAUCCCUUGAGGCGGCGCGCGAAGACGCCCAGCGCCGAGCGAGUGAGGAGGCCGCAGCGCGCCCAGCCGCCGCAGAGCUCGCUAAGGAACUGGAGCUGGCGGAGCGCGCGAGAGAGCGGCUGGAGCGCGAGGAGGCGCGGCUGGCGGCUGAGCUCAAAGAGACGCGUCAGGCACUCUUCGCUCAGGAGAAGCGUCAAGAAGACCAGGACCAGGAGCUCGAGGCUCUCCGCGAGCAGGUGGGCGAGGUGCGCCAAGUGCUGCAGAAGAAGGAAGAAGAACUCGCGCUCGCACUCGCGCGUCUGACAGGCAAAGAAAGCGAACUCGCGUGUGCGGAGAAGGACGUGAAGGAGCUGCAAGAAGCCGCGCGGAGUGCCCAGGAGCACCUUGCGCGCCUCGAGAAGACAAAGGAGGAACUCCGCGCGAAGAACGCAAUGCUUCAAACGCAGGUGGAGCGACGCGUUCGCGAGAUGGAGGGGAUGAAGCGGGAACUCGAGGCCGUUCGGCAGGGACAGGCCGCGCAGGGCGAUGAUGAUUCAGACAACACGCGCGGGCGAGAGAAGGAAGACGCGCUCGCGGCGGAACUCAGGCACGUGGAGGCGCUGUGCGAAGAGCUGCAGAAUGCCAAGCAGGAGGCAGAAGUCCUGCUGGCUCACAAGACUCGCGAAAUCGAGGACUUCCGGCGCGAGGCGGGCAACGAGGCUCGAGCCUUGAGGCAGGACGCCGCCCGCCUGAGGGCGAUGCAUGCCGAGCUCGUGGCGCAGUGCGAAGAGACGCAACAAGCAGUGCGCGUGAUGAAGACCAGGAUUCGAGAGCUCGAAAGAGAGAAUCGCCUUCUCCAGCGCGCCCUCUUCAGAGCUGAAGAGGAGUGCAACGCCCUGAAGAGCCGCGAAGAACGUCUCAGCGGGGAGGCGCAGGUCCCAGGCAGGAGACGAGCGAGAGACGGCGAGGCGAGCGACCUCGGCGACGACAACCCUGCAGGAGCGGAUGUGCAGGCGGAGGGCGAGAGGCACAGGCAGCUCGUUGCCUCGCUGCGGCAGCGCGUCGCGGAUCUCGAGCUUCAGAUGCAGAAAGCGGAAAACGAGGAGAGAGAACUAAAGGCGGAGCUCCAGGGUGCGACGCGCCGGGCGAAUGAGCUUCAGCAUGCACUCGAGCAAGGCGUCGAGAAAUACGACGACUUGGUUGUGAGCAAAGAGGACCUGAAGAGGCGGCUCGCAGAGGAGCGACAGACGUGGGAAGAGCAGCGGAGGCGCGAAGCCGAGAACCAACAGAAGGAGGUGGCGCUCCUGAGGGAGGAGAGCAUGGCACUCGAGAAAGAAAACCGAGUUUUUCAACAGGAGCUCGAUCGCCAGGCCGGCGACCUCAAGGCGCUCCAUGAGAAGACGCUGCGCCUCUCAGACAGGAAUGCUCGCCUUCAGGCGGAGCUAGCGAAGGAGAAGGACGCAGCGAGCGCCGUAGCGCCCUUGGAAAAGGAAAUCAGUGAGCUUCAGGAGGAGCUGAAAAUGCAGGAAGACGCGUCGAGAGACACGGAGGCUGACUUGGAGGUCUAUCGGCUGAAGACGCGCGAACUCGAGGCGGAGGUGGCGACGCUGUGGCAACAAAUCGAAGAUGAACGCGGAGAGCGCGAGCGCCUCCACUCCGACAACCUGGUGCUCGCCAGCCACCAGAACCCGGAGCAAAAGCUCAAGUACACCGAAAUUCUCAAGAAGCAGCUCCUUGCUGAGCGAGCGGCGAGGCUUCGCGUUCAGCGCGACGUCAACCGCUUGCGCGUGGAGGCCUUCUCCCUUCGUCCUCUGCUGCGCCUCUUGGCAGGCGAGCCUCUGGACGCGCGCGCAGGCGAUUCUCUGAAGGGCGCCGAAGAGAAAGACAGGAAUGCGCUCCAGGCCUCCAUCCGCGCGCUGAGCGGCAACGUGCUCGCCUCCUCUCUUGCUCUCGGCGCAAGUCAAGCGUCGACGGCGCUCCUGGGCUCGAGGCGAAUCACCAGACUUAGCCGACCGGGUCUGCGCCACGCGCGCUCGGUCUCUGCGAGUCGACGCGUCCACCCGCCGACCGCUGCGCGCUCGCUGAGCCUCAGCUGCCGGUCGGAGAAGAAGUCUUCGUUGGAGGUUUCCGCGCGCGGGCGCCUCGGCGGAGACGCGUUCCCCGUAUACAGGCAGCUGCGCAUCCUCCAUCGCAGUCUGAAUUUCGUGAUGAAGGAGUUCAUGUUGCUGCUGGCGCUGCUCCAAGACGCGCUCAAGGACCAGCAUCUCCUCGAGCGCCUCUUCGGAAUCCUGCCUGUCUCCUCCACGUUCCUCGUGUCGGAUCUGCCUCUGUCCUCCGCUUCUGCGAAAGCUCAAGACACGCUCUCGCGUCCCGACGACCCGCCCGGCCUCUCGCUGUCCCAGCUCGACGAGGAUCAGCCCCCAGAGAGUCUGGAGGCCCGCCGGCGGGACUUCUUCGCCGUAGUCUGCGACUUAAAGCUGCGUCUCCGCGCCAAGCUCCUCUCGGAGUCUCCGGCGCCGCUCCCGGCCGCCCUCCCCCCUCCUCCGCCGUCCUCCUCCGCCCACGGCCCCUCCGCGCCUCGGGCGCCGUCAGCCGCGGCGCCGCACGAGGUGAGGCCAGCUGGGGCUGUCCCUUCUGGGCUGGCUCCGCAGCCGAUGGCCUCGCCUCCCUCGUCCUCUGCUGUGCGUCAAAGCCCCCCAAGGCGGCGCGAGCUGAGGCCAGCGUCUCUCGAGAGCGAAGGGCUGCGGCAGCCGCCGCCGCUUCUCUCCAGCUUGUCGGUUCCUGGCUCGCUGUCGCUCAGUCCCUCGAGCGACGCGUCGCCCACGCUCGCGUCUCGCCGCGAGCUGCGAUCUCUCCACACCCCACACUCCGCGGAGCCCUGGGGACAGGUGUCCCCAUCCCCACCGCCUGCCUCCACGCCGCCCCCAGCCCCCACGGGGCGCGGGGGCGACGACGCGGGCGACGCCCGAGGGGACGAGGGCGCGCGGGUCCUAUCUGGGAGAGACGCCUCGGCCUCUCAGCGCGGAGACCGGAAGGCGCUUCGGAUGUGGUGUCCGCAGCCGUCGUUCUCUCUCUCGCCGUCUCUAACGCCUGAGGGCUUGCAGAGCGACCGCGAGAGUUCCUCCCGCGCGGAAGGCAUGGAGCCGCAGGAUUCGCAGCGGUGCAGCGGCGCUGAGCAACGCGCGAGCCAGACUCUGGCGGUUGAUGCAGCCGGCGCCCCUUCGGCAGAUAUGGAGAGAGAGAAGGAAGGGGAAGGGCGCGCGAACGGGAGGGCGGCGAAGAAAAGCGUGAGCUCGUCUUUCUUCUCCUCCUUCGCGUCGAUUUCGUCCUUCUUCGAGUCGAGAAUAGAAUAA